AUGGGACAAUCCGACGCUGCUUGGGCGUUACUGGGAACAACUGUCCGAUUAGCCCAGACCAUGGGACUGCAUACUGAACGAAGCACCAUACACUGGCCAGCGUAUGUGCAAGGAAAAGUGAAAACUCUGUGGCGGGCCAUAGUAUGGCAAGACAGCCUUCUUUGCAUGUGUUAUGAUCGGCCACCUAUUGUUUCAGUAUCGGGUUGGCCUCUCGACGCUGAAAUUCACGAGCGACUGGAUUUAUCAUAUGCAGAGACAAUGCACCUCAUCUGUCGUCUUGGAUUAGAUAUCAUGCGACCGGGAAAUUUUGGCUUUACCGAGGGUGAUCCAGCCAUUGAAGGAUUGCAAAAGCUUGAUAGUAUCUGUAAACAGGGUCAACCCUAUUUGCAGAGUCGAGAAUACUGCAUGUCCCUGCAACAUAAUCUCGAACAUCUAGCAUUGCGGAUGCAUACUUCCUUCUGUGUCUCUGUCCUUUGUCGGCCCGCGAUGAAACAGUCCCAACCCCCACAACUUUUCCCCCACGAUGAUUUACUUCGCGCGCGUGCGAAAGGGAGCUUGAUCGAUGCAUCCAAGGCCUUUCUGGACUUCCAAGCCCUCAGCGUUGUUCCCUUGCGUAGCUGGUCUAUGGUUCACACUGUUUUAAGCUCCACUUUGCUUCUUUGUAUCUGGGAAGAGACACGCCAUGACCCUGAAUGUCGCAGUUUGCAACAGAGAGUGAUCGACGUAUUUUCGUCUUCGGACUCAAGGACAACGGAAGACAGAGCUUCACUGCCUGAAAACGACACUCAGUGGCUAUCAGCCCGACACAUUCGAGCUUUGGUUACCCUGCGAACUGCUCUAGAUCGAGAGGGAGACAGAAUGGCCAACGAACCACAAAAUCUGACAGGAGUCAAUUAUGACCCCUUUCCGCCGCUUGGGGCCGGCAACCUUGAUAGUUAUAUGGACGUGGUUAAUCCCUUUGAUACAUCUCCAGUAUCUUAUUUGGAUUCUAUCAUGAACGUCCCUUUGUUUGAUUUCACCCAAGAAAAUGGGUUUCUCUGA